UUUUUCUAAAAGCAUAAAAUAAAUUACUAAUAAAAUAAAAAUUUCGAAAAUCAUUAUACUUACGAUCAAUACUUUCGAUACCUUGUUCCUCUAACAGGCCGACGCCUGUCCCAUUUCUCCACUGCUCUGCUUUGUUGUAUGCGGUGCGCAUGUUGCGUACUUUCCACCGAACUAAAUUCCAAUCUGCUGAGAUUCCUGUUUCUAAUAGUAAUUUUUUGUAAAAAAUUUGUGCAGAAGGCAUCUGUAGUAUAAAAAGAUAUAAAAGCGUCCAUACAAAUAAAUAUAAACAAACAAAAUAGGAAUAGCUGCAAAUUACUUCAAACGACGGAUGCUCCUGCAAAUAGUUAAGAACUUGUCCCACUUCUUCUUCUGUCCAUUUCUUAUUAGGUUUUACCCGCCGCCUUAUUUUAUCCUUUUUUAACUUCUGUAAAAUAGACUUUUUAUUAAAAUAUUUAAAAAAAAAGCUUAGCAAUAAAAACUUACAGCGUCCUUCAUUUCAGCCAUCUUUUUAAUUGUGAUCAGCUGUGAGAAAUGUACAAAACAAAACCACAAUUACAAUAGAGUCGCACUAUUCUAUUUUCUUACACUGUUGUAUUUGAAUGGUAUGUAUAUUUUGUUGUUGGAUUGUUACUACAUUUACUAUAAAAACCACAGAAACCACGAAUACAAAAAUACAAUGGCAAAUACAACAGAUCCCGAAUACCCCUAUUAUUUUUCACUUGCGCCGUUGUAAUUAACUCCAAGCCUUGAAUUCUGCACCUGCUUCAUGCUGUUUUUGCAAAUAUGUCCUAACUUUCGAUGCCACAGUUCAAAAUUAUCAACAGUUGUCAUUGCUAUUCCAACUGGAAUUUUAGCACACUCUAAUUUGUACAAAUCAUUUUCUGCAUACUCUUUUGCAAUUAAUCUGUUUUUCGCAUCAAGGAUUUUACAUACAUUGCCUUCGAACACAACCUUAUUGUUUUGAUUUGUUAUUUGCCGUACCGUCAAAAGAUUCACGCAAAGACUGGGAACAUUUCGACAUUUCGAAUAUUUGUUUCGACUUUUCGCUUGUUUACAUCUAAUUUUAAAACUAGGCCAGUGGUCGGCAUUUCUUAGCAAAAUUUUGCAAACUAACUUCAAGGUAGAAUUAGAGAUGCAUAACCAUAUCCAUAUAAAACAGCUGAUUGAACCAAAUUUACGGAGAACAAUGUUUCCAAUUAGUGGUGCGUUACGAUAACAACAUGCCCAUAACCAUAACCAUAAAUAUCAAUUGAAUUUUGAUUUUCGCUGUAACCAUAAAAAGCUGUUUGUUGAUUUUUUGACUUUUCAUUUGAAAUUUCGUUUGCUUUUUGCUUUGUUCGCCUCAAAAUUUUGUAUUUAUAAAGCUCGGAUUGCUUAACGUAAUGCGAUCUUUAAACAGCAAUCAAAUAAUAAUCUAUUAAUCAAAAUGGACCUCCGACCUAAUGGGCAAAGCAACCAUUUGUGCCUGUGGAGAAAACGUGUUCCAAGAAAAGCCAUUAACAGGACAAGCCUAUUACACACGGGCAAAGAUCCGCGAAAUAAACUUCUAUAGCUGUUACAUUCCGCCAAGAGUCGCACAAGGUGAAUAUGAAAUAAUAAUUGAUAACCUUGUAUGAGAAGUGUCGAACACCACAAUGAACGUAGUGGCAGGUGACUUCAAUGCAUGGGCAGUGGAGUGGGGUAGCAUACACACAAAUAGACGAGGAGAAACUCUUCUGAAGGCUUUUUCGGUACUGGACACCGUCUUGCUGAAUACCGGCAAAAGAAAUACCUUUGAAAAUAACGGCCGCGGUUCGGUAAUCGAUAUUUCGUUUGCUAGUAGCUCCCUUGUGCGGUCGUGUACAUGGCAAGUGAGCGAUCUGUAUACACACAGUGACCACUUGGCAAUUCUGCUUGAAAUUGACAAAACGCACAAAAGCAACUAUCUCAAAAAAGUUCAAAACAGAGGUUGGAAAACUGAAACCCUUGAUGAGGAUAUAUACAAGUUAAUGCUGGAUGACAAUACGAACAACGCCUUAGACAUAGAAAAGAAGGCAGAAUGCCUUGUUAAAUAUGUGAGCAAAGCUUGCGAUGCCGCUAUGUGUAGGAAAAAACAAGGCACAUACAGGAAACCCGCAUACUGCUGGAAUGAGGGUAUUGAAGCUCUAAGAAGUGAAUGCCACAAAGCGAGGCGCCAGUGUCAAAAGGGACGACAAACGGCGGAUUUCACAAUGCUAAACGAGCGCUUUAAACGAAAGCGAAAUGAACUCAAGAAAGCAAUAAAGAAGAGUAAAGCCUGUUGUUUUAAAGAGCUCUGCAACAAGGUUGAAGAAAACCCUUGGGGAGAUGCAUAUAAAAUCGUCAUGUCAAAGAUUAAAGACUAUAAAGGACAAGCGCCUACAUGCCCUAGUUUAUUAAAGACGGUUGUCCAAACUCUUUUCCCGACGCAAUUGCUACAAAGGCAGCAAAUAAAAGAAUCUGGAGCUACAAACGCACCGCUAGUCAGUGACCAAGAAACAAUAGAAGCAGCAGAGAGAUUCGCAAAUAGUAAAGCAUCAGGCCUAGAUGGCAUCCCAAACAAUAUGGUUUUCGAAGACACAGGUCAACAAUAGACGCCAUAAAAAAGGUAACAGAGGUCGCAAGCAAGGCUAUUGAAGGAACCAGGUGGUUAUAUGGCUCCAAGGAAUACUGUGCGGUAGUGACGUUCGACGUAACAUCAUGGAAGCCCUGAAACAAAAGAAGACACCACUCUACCUGCUGAGGAUCAUAUCCGGCUACCUCUCCGAGAGAUUACUGCUAUAUGACACAGAAGAAGGUCCUAGAAACUACAAUAUAACAGGCGGUGUACCACAAGGCUCUGUACUAGGGCCGCUACUGUGGAAUGUUUUGUAUGAUGGGGUGCUACAUCUUCCAUUGCCCAAAGAAAUACAGAUAAUCGGGUACGCUGAUGAUAUAGCAGUAACGGAAUUAGCAAAAGAAAUAGGCCAGAUAGAGUGCCUGUGCAACCACGUGGCGAUUAAAAUAAAAGAAUGGCUAACAAAAGCAAAGCUCCAGUUAGCAAGCCAAAAAACUGAAGCGGUGCUGAUAACGAGCAGGAAAAAACUAGAAGCGACAACGCUCAACAUCGAUGGAUACAAUAUCCCAACGCAACAGUCGUUGAAAUACCUGGGUGUAAUUAUUGACGCGAGGCUAAAUUAUCGGACCCACAUCACGAAAGCCUGUGAGAAAGCAGCAAAGGUGACGGCUGCAUUAAGCAGAAUCAUGACCAAUAUAGGUGGACCUAGUCAGAAUCGACGCGCUCUGCUGGCAAAAGUUAGCCAAUCAGUUUUAAUGUACGCCGCACCCAUAUGGGGACCAGCAUUGCUGCACAAAAUGCGAAUGCGGCAAAAGCAGUAGUUCGAUUAAGCGCAAUUAGGGUAGCGUGCGCUUUCCGGACUGUGUCACACGAAGCGGUUGGAGUUAUCUCAGGUAUCAUGCCUCCAGAUAUUAUGGCAAUGGAGCUAAAAAGAAUGUAUGACAAAGCGAAAAGCGCGCGGAGACGACCAAAUAUUCAAGAAAAACAGCAAGAAAGACGAACCAGCCUUAAUGAGUGGCAAAAACAAUGGGACGAAGCAACAAAAGGUAGAUGGACACACACGUUGAUCAGAAACGUGCAAAUGUGGGUAGAGAGACAACACGGAGAAACUGACUAUUACUUGACGCAGUUCCUGACUGGGAACGGUUGCUUCAGAGAGUAUUUACACAAAUAUGGACAUGACGAUGGGUCUGAGUGCUCUUUUUGUGGAAACGGGAUUGAGAACGCGUGGCACAUUUUCUUUCUGUGCCCCCGUUAUAAGGAUGAAAGAGAGGAAUUAGAGAAACUACUUUCAGAGCAGCUAACCCCUGAAAACAUUGUACCACACACGCUACGUUCCCAGCAGGUGUGGAACUUUGUUAAAGAAUGAAGCGCGACAGCCCUAAUAGAACUUAAACGGAAGGAAUGGCAAAGAAAGAGCGACAGACAGGUGACCCACAUGGAGUUGGUAAAUUUAUAGAUCGAGAGCCAAACGGCUAAAGCUUAUCCUUGUGAAGAAAUGCCUAGCGGCGAUCCCGCAAGGAAGAUAAAUAGCUAGAGGAGACGGAGUUAGGGUUUAGUACGUAGGCGUCCUACCACGCAGGUUCCGCACUUGGUAACAAUGGCGGCCCAUGCGCGUGUAGGAUGAAUCUAAUCUUUCGAAGAUUCCCCCUCCGGUAAAAAAAAAAUCAAAAUGACAAGAGUCAUGCCGAUUUCAAAAAUCAAGAGAAAAAAAGACGCUCUUGGAAGGAAGUCGCCGAUAAUUUGGAAGUCGAUGAAAGUGUUGUUGUGAAGCGUUGGGGCAACUUGAGAGAACGCUUCUCAAAUGAAAUUAGAAUCUCAUAAAAUGCUUCAGGAAGUGGUGCAUUCGUAGGAAGGCAGUGGGCGCUACAUGAAAGUUUGCAAUUUUUAAGAAGUCACAUUAUUCCUCCUCCAAUGCGACAAAGUGCACCAAUAUUGAAACGCAGCGACGAAAACUAUGACUUUAUAAACAUUUCGUCCGAAUCUAUAUCACAAGAUCUCUCGCCGUCACCUCCAAUUUCCCCUGGGCAGUUAAUUCCGUCCGACCAAUCAACAAUAAUUCCGUCCGAUCAGUCAAUUCCGUCUAAUCAGCCAUCAGCAAAUCCGUCAUCAACAUCGCGACCACGAAAGCGAAGAGGCAGACAACUUGACGAGAUGGACACUGCCAUCCUCGGAACAGUGAAAACUUUCCAGGAGGUAUGUGAACGUAGAGCGCGUCGAGAAGAGUUUGAUGCGGAGAUAAGCGGUUUUGGGCGAAUGAUAUGCUCUUUGAUUUCAAAAAUCAAAAAAUCAAGGCAAGCAUUGGUGAUGCGUCAAUGUACUGACAUUGUAAUGCAAGCGCAAAUUGAUGAAGAAGAAGAAAGCUUUGUGAAUAAACUAGUGAACUAGUUUUUUAAACUUGUAUUACAAAUUACUUUUUGUUCUUUUAAUCAGAACGGUUGAAUUUUUGAACCUGAAGUACAAAGCAUAUAAUCCAUAUAACGUUCUAUAUAAUAAUUAUUUGUGUUUAUUUAAUUAAUUUUUUGUUGUUAUUAUUGUUAAUCAAUACGUAUGAAAUGCACGUAAAUUUACAUUUUCAACAUUUUUUUUAUUAAAUUUAUUAUGUAUGUUUAUAAGUGCUUUACUCUAUAUGGUUUUGAAAAGGUACUGCACCAUUGUUCAUAAAAUAAUUGGUGAGGUGUUCUCUGUGGUUAUACGCACUGUCUCGACCCCUGCGUCUAAAAGUUUGUGCUGACCGCAAUGGUCCCCCACAAGAUCUUAAUUCGUUUCUCCAUUCAGCAUUUCUUCCAUCUCCGUCAGUGUAAUGCUCUGAGCAGUACCAUCGAUUCAUAUCGUGGAGCAUUAUGAAAUUAUGAAGCACUAAACAUGCUAGUACGAUUUUUUCAGCAUUUUCAGGAUGAAACUCCAUUGUUGUUCUUAGCACUCUCCACCUCGCUGUCAAAAUCCCAAACGUGUUUUCAAUAACACGUCUUGCCCGUGAUAGUCUAUAAUUAAAAAUUCGUUGAGCUGUUGUUAUAUUUACACCUGGAUACGGCUUCAUAAGAUUAUUUUUUAAUGGAAAGGCACCUAAGUAAUGCGGAAACGGGUGGGGUCGGAAGUGGAGUAUCAGGUGGUAGUGGCAAACGAUUUUCUAACAGAUCUUCGCCAAAUCUCGUUGCAUGAAAAAUACCUCCAUCACUCUGGCUUCCGUAAGCUUCUACGCUAAUGGCUGUAAAAGUGUAUUUAGCAUCACAUGCUGCCAACAGUACAAUGCUGAAAAACUUUUUAUAAUUAUAAUACAUGGAUCCUGAAUUUGGAGGGCAUUUUAUCGCAAUAUGUAUUCCGUCGAUCGCAUCUACACAGUUUGGCAUGUUCCACAUUUGCGCAAAGUCGGUCGUGAUGUCUUUAUACUGUUGUUGCGUCGGUUCACUCAGAUAAAUUGGUGAAAGCAUUUCCCAAAUAGCCUCGCAUGUCUCCAGCACUAUGUUUCUCACAGUUUCGAUUUUGUAGCUAAGUACCUAACAAUCACCUUAAUAUAUACAUAUAACAAAUGGAGUAAUAAUCACAUAAACUUACAGAAGUGUGAGGGACAAACGCUCCUCGGCAUGGAUUUAUUCCUUGAAUUUACACAUUGAAGGUGACAUUAACUUCAAAAAAGUAUCAUACAACUUCCUAUUCAUCCUUUUAUGGGCAAACAAUUCUUGUUCAUCCAUAUCUUUUAUUUUCAGGAACGUUUUUUGAUGGCGUAGUCUGUUCGCUUAGAAGGUUGUGUGAAGGAGGUAAAAAUGUAAAUUGUAUUCUUAGACUUGAAUUAAGAGGAAAUCACUGUCUUCAUUCAUAAAAAUAUGCGCCGUAUAGGGACAACUUUGCAUCUUUUUUGCUGUUGAUGGGAUCAGAGUCCCAUAUUUUUGAACACUGAUUCUGGAGGAUGGAGUCAUGUGUAGAAGUUCACGCAAGUGAGGAAAGUUCUCUGAUCGCCAUUCACUUGGGAGUGGCCAGAAACGAUUCUUUUGCAUAUGACUCAAGCAGCUCACGACUUUCGCUCUGGGUAGCCUAAGAACAUCCGUUUGAAGGCGAGCUAACAUGAGAAGGCGAAACAUCCCCUGCAUAGGGUUGUGCGCUGGGUUUGGGACCCGCCACGUAAAAAAACACCCCCAAUGAAAAGGAACAACAAGCCUCGGAUGAGUGACCCCCCUUUUGAUGACGACCAUGGCAAACGAAAUAAGGACUACGAAUUGAGGGCAUGCACCUGGAAUGUCCGGUCCCUUAAUUGGGAAGGCGCGCUGCCCAGCUAGUUGAUGUCCUCGUGAAAAUAAAGGCUGACAUCACCGCCUUCCAAGAAAUGCGAUGGACGGGACAAGGACAGAGACAAGAAGGUCCUUGUGACAUUUACUACAGUGGCCAUAUAAAGGAGCGCAAGUUUGGUGUUGGAUUCGUGGUGGGAGAGAGACUCCGUCGCCGAGUACUAUCAUUCACUGCGGUGAAUGAACGUCUAGCUACAAUCCGCAUCAAAGCGAGGUUCUUCAACAUAUCGCUGAUUUGCGCCCACGCCCCGACGGAAGAGAAGGACGAUGUGACCAAAGAUGCCUUUUAUGAGUGCUUGGAGCGCACUUAUGAGAGAUGCCCCCGCCACGAUGUCAAAAUCGUGCUUGGCGACUUAAACGCCAGGGUGGGCAAAGAAGGUAUCUUUGGCACUACGGUCGAAACAUCCCCAAAUGGGUUGAGGCUGAUCGACUUCGCCGGGGCCCGAAAUAUGGCUAUCUGUAGUACUAGAUUCCAGCAUAAGAAGAUACAUCAAGCUACCUGGCUGUCUCCGGAUCGAAAAACCACCAACCAGAUCGAUCAUGUUGUGAUGUGAUGUGGAAGACACGUCUGCAGUGUUUAAGAUGUGCGUGCGCUCCGAGGCCCUAACAUCGACUCGGACCACUAUAUUGUUGCAGCCAAAAUUCGCACCCGCCUCUGUGCAGCAAAAAACGCACGCCAACAAACACAAGGAAGGUUCAACGUCGAGAAGCUGCAAUCACAACAGACAGCCGAAAGAUUUUCCAUUCGGCUUGCACUCCUGCUCUCUGAGAGCACUUGUCAACAACUCGGUAUAAGGGAACUGUGGGACGGCAUUUCAAACUCCUUACGUACAGCUGCAACCAAAACCAUUGGUUUUCGGAAAGUGCAAAAGAACAGCUGGUACGACGAGGAGUGCCGUGUCGCAGCGGAGAGAAAACAGGCUGCCUACCUCGCAACGUUACGAUCGACCACAACACGUGCGGGAUGGGAUAGAUACCGAGAGUUGAAGAGGGAAGCGAGACGCAUUUGCAGACAGAAGAAGAAAGAGGCCGAAAUGCGUGAGUACGUACAGCUCGAUAAGCUGGCCGACAGGGGUAAUGCUCGAAAAUUCUACGAAAAGAUGCGGCGGCUUACAGAAGGUUUCAAGACCGGAGCAUACUCUUGUAGAACCCCCAAAGGUGAUCUAGUUACUGAUGCCCAGAGCAUACUUAAAUUAUGGAGGGAACACUUCUCCAGCCUGCUGAAUGGCAGUGAAAGCACAACACCAGGAGAAGGCGAACCCGAUUCCCCAAUCGAUGACGAUGGAGCAGACGUUCCAUUACCCGGCCAUGAAGAAGUUCGAAUAGCAAUCACCCGCCUGAAGAACAACAAAGCGGCAGGGGCCGAUGGAUUGCCGGCCGAGCUAUUCAAACACGGCGGCGAAGAACUGAUAAGGAGCAUGCAUCAGCUUCUUUGUAAAAUAUGGUCGGACGAAAGCAUGCCCAACGACUGGAAUUUAAGUGUGCUAUGCCCAAUC